AUGUCUGCCAAGGCUAUCCGAGAGUAUGACGGAAAGUUGCUGUUGGCAUAUCACUUGCUCCGUGCACCUUUAGUGUCUGAACAAGCUUCUGCCUCCUUGUUCACGCCUGCCGCCACCAAAUUGGCUCAAGUCAAGAUUGACACGUCUCUUACGGGUGCUGCUUUUGACUCAGCCUUGAAGCAACAACUUGAUACUUUGGAGCAAACUCAACCUUGGCUAUUGACUGAUAAGUUGGUUGCCAAGCCCGAUCAACUUAUUAAGCGUCGUGGCAAACACGGUUUGCUUACUCUCAACAAGUCAUGGCCUGAAGCAAGACAAUGGAUUGAGGAACGUGCUGCUAAGGAAAUUCAGAUCGAACGCACAUCUGGCAUCUUGAAGACGUUCCUUGUUGAGCCAUUCACUCCACACCCCGCCAACACUGAAUAUUACGUGUGUAUCAACUCUGUGCGUGAGGGUGACUACAUUUUGUUUACACACGAAGGUGGUAUCGAUAUUGGUGAUGUUGAUGCCAAGGCUCUCAAGUUGCUUGUCAAGGUGGAUGAACCUUUCCCUUCGCCUGAAGAAGUCAAGAAUACCUUGCUUAAGGAUGUCCCAGAAUUUAAGCGUGAUGUCUUGGUUGACUUCAUUACUCGCUUGUACUCUGUUUAUGUGGACUUGCACUUUACAUACCUUGAAAUCAACCCAUUGGUGGUGACCGAUCCUGUUGAAGGUCAAACUCCUCAAGUCAUGUAUUUGGAUUUGGCUGCCAAGUUGGAUCAAACGGCUGAAUUCGAAGCUGGACCCAAGUGGGCUAUUGCACGCGCACCCCAAAAUGCAGGUAUCCCCGCAUCUGCUGCUGGUCAACAACAUGCCGAUCAAGGCCCACCUAUGGAAUUCCCCGCUCCUUUUGGUCGUGAAUUAAGCAAGGAAGAAGCUUACAUUCAAGAACUUGAUGGCAAGACUGGUGCCUCUCUUAAGCUUACCAUCCUUAAUGGCAAGGGCCGUAUUUGGACUAUGGUUGCUGGUGGUGGUGCCUCUGUUGUUUACUCUGAUGCCAUCGCUGCCCUUGGCUAUGCUGAUGAGCUUGCCAACUAUGGUGAAUACUCUGGUGCCCCUACUGAGACCCAAACUUACGAGUAUGCAAAGACCAUUCUUGAUUUGAUGACGCGUGGUGAUGCUCAUCCCGAAGGCAAAUUGCUCUUUAUUGGUGGUGGUAUUGCCAACUUUACCAACGUUGCUACUACUUUCAAGGGCAUCAUUCGUGCCUUGACCGAUUUCAAGCAAGCUCUUAUCAACCACAAGGUUCGCAUCUUUAUUCGUCGUGGUGGUCCUAACUAUCAAGAAGGUUUGCGUGCUAUGCGUCAAUUGGGUGAUUCGCUUGGUGUUGAAAUUCAAGUGUUUGGUCCUGAAACCCAUAUCACCGAAAUCGUUCCUCUUGCUUUGAUUGGCCAACCCAGCGAUAACCAAAAGGCUAACAAUGGUGCAUCCUCUGCCUCUUCUGGUAACUUGUUCCAAGACCAAAUCUUUGGUGGUGAUAGUGGUGCCAACACACCCUCUGGUCGUCGUAGCCCCAAGCUCAAGAUUGCCGAUGAAACCCCUUCAGGUGAAAGCCGUAUGGAAUACUUUGGCACUGCACGUGAAGCUGAAAGUGCUGAAUGGUAUCGUCCUUUCACUUUCCGCACUCGCGCUAUUGUGUAUGGUAUGCAGCCUCGUGCCGUACAAGGUAUGCUCGACUUUGAUUUCAUGUGCAAGCGUGAGACUCCCUCUGUUGCUGCUAUGGUGUAUCCAUUUGGUGGUUCGCAUGUCCAAAAGUUCUAUUGGGGUACCAAGGAAACUCUUAUCCCAGUAUUUACAUCGCUCAAGGAGGCUGCUGAACAAUUCUCUGACGCCGAUGUUGUCGUCAACUUUGCUUCUUGCCGUUCCGUGUUCGACUCUACUCGUGAAAUUUUGAGCUUCCCUCAAUUCAAGACCAUUGCUAUCAUUGCUGAAGGUGUACCUGAACGUCGUGCUCGUCAAUUGCUUCAUGAAGCUGAACGUCGUAAGGUGCUUGUCAUUGGUCCUGCCACUGUUGGUGGUAUCAAGCCUGGUUGCUUCAAGAUUGGUAACACUGGUGGUAUGAUGGAUAACAUUGUUGCUUCCAAAUUGUAUCGCCCUGGUUCCGUUGGCUAUGUCAGCAAGUCCGGUGGUAUGUCCAACGAGCUCAACAACAUCAUUUCUCGUACCACUGAUGGUGUCUAUGAGGGUGUUGCUAUUGGUGGUGAUCGUUAUCCUGGUUCCACUUUCAUUGACCACUUGUUGCGUUAUGAGAACGACCCCAACUGCAAGAUGCUUGUUCUUCUUGGUGAGGUUGGUGGUGUUGAAGAAUACCGUGUCAUCGAAGCUGUGAAGAAUGGCACCAUCAAGAAGCCCAUUGUUGCCUGGUGUAUCGGUACUUGUGCCAAGAUGUUUACCACGGAUGUCCAAUUUGGUCACGCUGGUGCUCUUGCCAACUCUGAUCUUGAGACCGCUGAUGCCAAGAACAAGGCUAUGCGUGCUGCUGGUAUCAUUGUGCCCGAGACUUUUGAAAAGAUGCCUCAAGCUCUUGCUGAUGCCUAUGACAAGCUUGUCAAGGAAGGUGCUGUUGUUCCUGCCGCUGAGCCUGAAAUCCCCAAGAUCCCUAUUGAUUACUCUUGGGCUCAAGAACUUGGCCUUGUCCGUAAGCCUGCCAGCUUUGUUUCCACCAUUGUCGAUGAUCGUGGUCAAGAAUUGUUGUAUGCUGGUAUGCGUAUCACUGAUGUAUUCAAGGAGGAUAUUGGUAUUGGUGGUGUCUUGUCGUUGCUUUGGUUCAAGCGUCGUCUUCCCGAUUAUGCAUGCAAGUUCAUUGAGAUGGUCCUUAUGCUCACUGCUGAUCACGGCCCAGCUGUCUCUGGUGCUAUGAACACUAUCAUUACCACUCGUGCUGGCAAGGAUCUUAUUUCCUCGUUGGUUGCUGGUCUUUUGACUAUUGGUGAACGUUUCGGUGGUGCUUUGGAUGGUGCUGCUACCAACUUUACUCGUGCUUAUGAUAGUGGUUUGACUCCUCGUGAAUUUGUCACAAGCAUGCGUAAGGCCAACAAGCUUAUUCCUGGUAUUGGUCACAAGAUCAAGUCGCGUUCCAACCCCGAUAUGCGUGUUGAGCUUGUCAAGGACUAUGUCAAGAAGCACUUCCCAUCCUCUCCUAUUCUCGACUUUGCUCUUAAGGUUGAAGAGAUCACCACUAGCAAGAAGGACAACUUGAUCCUCAACGUUGAUGGUUGUAUUGCUGUCUCCUUUGUCGAUUUGCUUCGUGACUCUGGUGCCUUCACUCGUGAAGAGGCUGAAGAGUACAUGCGCAUUGGUACCCUCAAUGGUCUCUUUGUCUUGGGUCGUUCGCUUGGUUUCAUUGGUCACCAUCUUGAUCAAAAGCGUCUUAAGCAAGGUCUUUACCGCCAUCCUUGGGAUGACAUUUCUUAUCUUUUGCCUUCCCUUGAUCCUUCCACUCUUGACCCUCGUCGUGUCAAUGCUCGUGUCAAUGUUCAACCCAAGUAA